AUGACGCUUGCAUUGGUCAAUCAUUCUGUCCAGCAGGGCAGAGAUAAGGAGCAAGGUAUCGCGAUGCUAACAGCAUAUCUUGAACAGCUUCACAGGCUUGCGGCUUCCUAUGCUUUGCUGUUCGAUGAGCGAGACCAGAAGGAUCUUGAUAAAGCUGGCUUUGAAGAUGACUCAAAGCAUGCAAGUAAUACCUCUGUUGCCCAGAGUUUCCUUCUUCGUGUGUUGAUAGUAGCAACUGUUGAAAAUUCUCAAGGUGACGAGGCCAAAAUUGUUGUCGUCUCGCUGGUCAGAAACAAUCCUCAACAAAGAUUUGGCUUUCUCCGCACAAGAAACCGGGUCAAUGUUCUUCAAUGUCGCGCAAAACAUGGCAUGUACCUCAUCGGCAACUCGGAGACCUCCAAUCACAUCAUCAUAUGGGCAAAGGUCAUCGGAUCUUUGCGCGAGGAAGGAAACAGUGGAGAAAAUCGGGAAAUUCAAUCCUCCUGCUAA